AGAUCACGCUUCCUUUUCCUCACCAGCUUCAUCACACGCAUCUCCCUCUCUGUCUUUCUGCGCCAGAAUUCUUUCUCAGGUGGGAUCCAGCGUGUCAGAAGAACUCGGAGCCGAAGCAGCCCAGCAAUCCAGCAUUCUGAUUCGUGGAGAAGAAAGUCAAGAAGCACUUCUCCCGAUCGAAUCCCAGUGCCCCCUUCGUCAUCAUCCAUCCAAAACCAGCCUUCUGUCCUGUCGGCGUCCUCUGCUCUGCUCUGCGGGCUGCCUGCGUUAAAUGCCCCCGCUCACUCUUCCUCGUCUUCUCCAAGAACUCUCUUCGCGUUCCAAGUUUCCAACAUCACAGUGCUCUGCGUGGCCGUGACUGCACUGCGUCCGUUAGGCGGCUGGCGGCUGGCGGCGGAAGGAACUAGUGAAAAUUAUACUACUGCUGCUGCCAAUCCCUCUCGACCUACCGCCGGCGCGGUUGGCUGCACGCCAAGAUUGCUCGCCUGCAGGUUAAUUUGGUUCCUACGGGGAUAAACAAACAGGAGGGGAGAGGAGAGCGCACGCCAAGAGAGCUCGAGGCUGAUUGCCAAGAAGGGUAGUUAGAUAGAGAGAAGGAUGGGGGACGACGCGGCGGUUCCGGCGGCGGCGGCCAAGUUGGAGAAGAGCUACUUCGACGUGCUGGGGAUCUGCUGCCCGUCGGAGGUGCCGCUGGUGGAGAAGCUGCUGGAGCCGCUCGCCGGCGUGCACAAGGUGACGGUGGUCGUGCCCUCCAGGACCGUCAUCGUCGUCCACGACGCCGCCGCCAUCUCCCAGUCCCAGAUCGUCAAGGCGCUGAACCAGGCGAGGCUGGAGGCGUCGGUGCGGGCCUAUGGCGGCGGCGGCGGCGCGGAGAAGAUCUCCAACAAGUUUCCUAGCCCCUACGUGCUCGUCUGCGGCGCCCUGCUGGUGGUGUCGCUGUUCGAGCACUUCUGGCCGCCGCUCAAGUGGUUUGCGCUGGCCGGGGCCGCCGCCGGCCUGCCGCCUAUCGUCCUCAGGAGCGUCGCCGCCGCCCGGAGGCUCACCCUGGACGUCAACAUACUCAUGCUCAUCGCAGUUGCUGGGGCAAUAGCUCUCAAGGACUAUUCUGAGGCUGGGUUCAUUGUCUUCCUCUUCACCACAGCCGAAUGGCUCGAGACCAGGGCGAGCCGCAAGGCCACUGCUGGGAUGUCAUCACUAAUGAGCAUGGCACCACAAAAUGCUGUUCUGGCAGAGACUGGACAAGUGGUUGCUACCCAGGAUGUGAAGGUCAAUACAGUAAUAGCUGUCAAGGCAGGGGAAGUCGUUCCGAUCGACGGUGUUGUUGUCGAUGGGCGGAGUGAGGUUGACGAGAGCACGCUCACCGGGGAGUCCUUCCCAGUGUCCAAGCAGGCAGACUCCCAGGUCUGGGCUGGCACACUCAACAUAGAUGGUUACAUUGCUGUGAGGACAACUGCUAUGGCUGACAACUCGGCAGUUGCGAAAAUGGCAAGGCUGGUUGAAGAAGCCCAAAACAGUAGAUCCAAUACACAGAGGCUGAUUGACACGUGCGCUAAGUACUACACACCUGCUGUUGUUUUGAUGUCUGGAGCAGUAGCAUUGAUCCCUGUGAUAGUCAGAGCACACAACCUCAAACACUGGUUCCAAUUGGCCCUAGUCCUCCUCGUGAGUGCUUGUCCGUGCGCUCUUGUGCUGUCAACACCUGUGGCCACCUUCUGCGCGUUACUGAGGGCCGCAAGGACAGGGCUCCUCAUCAAAGGAGGGGAUGUCCUUGAAUCCUUGGCCAGUAUCAAAGUUGCUGCUUUUGACAAAACUGGUACAAUUACUAGAGGGGAGUUCUCUGUCGAGGAGUUUCGGACAGCUGGCGAGCGUGUUCCGAAGCAAAAACUUCUUUACUGGGUCUCAAGCAUUGAGAGCAGAUCAAGCCACCCAAUGGCUUCUGCUCUUGUUGAUCAUGCGCAAUCAAACUCCGUGGAACCAAAAUCAGAAAAUGUUACUGAAUUCCAAAUCUAUCCUGGUGAGGGAAUUUAUGGUGAAAUCGAUGGAAAGGGAGUAUAUGUUGGGAACAAAAGGAUCUUGUCAAGGGCUUCAUGUCAAACAGUUCCAGACAUGAAGGAUAUGAAAGGAGUUACCGUGGGAUACGUGGUCUGCAGCAAGGAAUUGAUUGGGGUAUUCACUCUUUCUGAUUCUUGCCGAACUGGAGCAGCUGAAGCCAUCAAGGAGUUGAGAUCACUGGGCAUCAAGUCGGUGAUGCUUACAGGCGAUAGUACUGCCGCUGCCACAUAUGCACAGAACCAGCUGGGAAACCUCCUUGCUGAGGUUCACUCUGAACUUCUGCCAGAAGACAAAGUGAGAAUUGUUGAUGAACUGAAGGCAAAAGAUGGCCCUACACUGAUGAUCGGUGACGGCAUGAAUGAUGCCCCAGCAUUGGCUAAGGCUGAUGUUGGAGUCUCCAUGGGUGUUUCCGGUUCAGCCGUUGCAAUGGAGACGAGCCACAUUACUCUUAUGUCAAAUGACAUCCGCAGGAUUCCGAAGGCUAUCAAGCUGGCAAGGAGGACACACCGGACUAUCAUCGUGAACAUUGUUUUCUCAGUGGCUACAAAGCUUGCAAUUGUUGGACUUGCAUUUGCCGGACAUCCGCUUAUCUGGGCAGCAGUCCUUGCUGAUGUUGGCACAUGUUUGUUGGUGAUCAUGUACAGCAUGCUGUUGCUGAGAGAGAAAGGCAGUGGAAAGGUGGCAAAGAAAUGUUGCGCUUCUUCUCAUCAUGGAUCUCAUUCAAAGAAGCACGGCACUUCCCACCAUUGCUCGGAUGGUCCGUGCAGAUCAACAGGCAGUGGUGUAGAUUCAUCUGCAGGUAAGCAUGCUUGCCAUGAUCAUCACCAUGAGCAUAACCAUCACAAAGAGCCGAGGAACUUGCAUUCUGCAGACAAGCAUGGUUGCCAUGAUCAUAGUCAUGGCCAUAACCACUGCAAGGAACCUAGCAACCAGAUGUUCACAAGCAUGCAUGCUUCCCAUGGUCAUGAGCAUACCCAGAACAUCUGCAAAGAGCCGAGCAACCCGCACUCCAGCAACAAGCAUGAUUGCCAUGACCAUGAACAUGGCCACCGCGAAGAACCCAGUGGCUCGCAUUCUACCAAGGAGCUCGCUUGUCAUGGCCAUGCUCAUGGCCAUUGUGAGGAAACUAAGAGUUCACAUAGUACCGAUGAACAUGCUUGCCAUGAUCAUAAGCACUGCGAAGAACCAAUCAGCUUGCAUUGUGCCAAUGAGCAUGUUUGCCAUGACCAUGACCAGGAUGAUCAUCAGCAUCAUUGCUGUGAUGAACAGGAACCUUUGCACACCGCAGAUACACACUCCUGCCAUGACCAUAAACAUGAAGACAGUUCAGCUGGGUCAAUUCAAGAGCUCUCGAUAUCGAUCGAGGAUGCAUCGCAUGAUCACCAUGAGAAGCAAAGCCAAUGCGGUCACCAGAGCGAAGAACCCAAAGAGAGAGACUGCAGACAUCACCAGAAGGCAAAAGAUUGUGCUCCAGCUCCGACAGAUUGCAGCAGCAUAAACUGUUGCAGCACUAUUAGCAUCAAGGGAUGCGAAAUGAAAGGUAAAGACAUUUGUUCAAGCUGGCAAGUUGGUGGAAUUGGCACGGGCAGUCGCUGUUGCAGGACCAGGGUACGCAACUGCUGCAGCCACAGCAUGCUGAAACUGCCUGAGAUCGUUGUAGAGUAGGAUCGAAAGUAUAUACAUAUAUGCAUAUACUAGCGACCAAAGUUUGCCUCGUCAGCAGUUAAAUUUUGCUGCUGAAGAAAUGGUGCACAGGUCUGAAUUUUGGUGAAGCAGGUUUCUGUCGGUCUGAAAGGAUGCUGCUCUUUUUGUCUUCUCCUUGAUUUUGCAUCUUUUGAAGGAUUUGAGAAAGUGCAAAGAUAUACUAGUGCGUAGCGUAUCAGUGCGCUUAAGAAAUUGGAAAAAAGGUGGUUAAGUUAAUAACUUCAUCUUAGAUUUUCUUAGUUAGAGUACGAAGCUGUAAUUUAGUUAUGCUGAUAAAACACCUUUAACUAAGUUCAGUUAUGGAAGUUUUGUGCUGUAUGCAAUGCUGUAUCCCUUUAAUAUGGGACAAGUAGCUGAAUCACUACAGCAGUCAGGAUGGGUGCUCCCACCCUUUCUUCUUGA